AAAAAAAAAACUACAACCGGGUUAGUAUGCAAAAACACAGCAUGUAAACAAACGCUACUGUAGCCUGCUGAUGUGACAGACGUGCAUGGAUCACAUGGGGGAGUGGCAGCAAAUUAUUAUAAAUCAUAGAACAGUAAAACCUGCCUUUUGUGUGUCGCACUUUAAGUGCUAAUUAACACAACAACAAAAAAAUUGGGCAGUGUGUGAAUCAGGACCGCUGGUGGCGUGUCUGUUUGGUUAUAUUUUAAUUUAUUUUUUAGCGACAUGUUACGAACCAAGCUCGUAUGCUACAGACAGGCGCUGUUGUUUGGGGGAUGGGGGAGGUCGAUGAGUUCAGUGCCCCCCCAGCCCGUCCCCCCCCUGUCUCAGACCAUGUCCCGCUACCUGCGUGCCCUGGAGCCCCUUGUUACCCCCCCUGAACUGGAGGAGAGUAGAGAGGGGGUGCAGGAGUUAUCUAAGAGGGGGGGCCUGGGGGAGCGGCUGCAGAAGAGCCUGGAGAAGAGGGCUCAGCGCACACACAACUGGGUGUCCGACUGGUGGCAGCACACUGCCUAUCUGGAGAGCCGCUUGCCCCUGCCAGUGCAUUCGAACCCGGCCAUGGCUCUGCCCCAACAGGACUACAGCAACUGGAAGGGGCAGCUGGGGUUUGCAGCUAAACUCAUUGCAGGAGUUCUGGAUUUCAAAGCAAAGAUUGACAAUCACACUCUCUUAGUGGAGUAUCUUCGUGGUCGGCCUCUCUGCAUGGAUCAGUACAGGCAGAUAUUUUCGUCGUGUCGUGUUCCGGGUCCCAAGCAUGACCACGUGAUGCACUUCGCUGGGGUGCGCCGGCCCCCCACCCACAUCACCGUGGUGCGGAACUUCCAGUUCUUCCAGUUGGAGGUGUAUAACAGCGAUGGCUCUCCCCUCACGGUGGAUCAGAUCCACUCGCAGCUGCUGAGGAUCAGAAGCCAGUCCUGGAAGACAGACAAGGAGCCGAUGGGGAUCCUGACCAGUGAGCAUCGAAACACCUGGGGACAGGCUUACAACACCCUGCUGAGAGACAGGAUUAACCGUGAAUCGGUGCGUGCGAUAGAGCGCGGGAUCUUCACGGUGUGUCUGGACGCCCCGGUCAUGCGCAUGUCAGAGGAGCGCUACACCAGCCGCAUGGCGGCUCAGAUGCUGCACGGGGGAGGGACCUACUCCAACAGCGGCAACCGCUGGUUUGACAAGACACUGCAGUUCAUUGUGGGAGAGGACGGCGCCUGUGGGUUGAUCUAUGAGCAAGCUACUGCAGAGGGGCCUCCCAUAGCAACCUUAGUGGACCACGUCUUGGACUACUGUCAACACCCCGAGACAGUUCGAUCUCCCAUGGUUCCUCUGCCUCUGCCAAAAAAACUCUAUUUUUACAUCACGCCUGAAAUCAAGAGAGACAUUGAGCAUGCCAAGCAGAACCUGGACAUUCUAAUAAAUGACCUGGAUAUCAGAUGUUUCACAUUCAGGGAAUUUGGGAAGAAUUUUCCAAAAAAGUACAAACUCAGUCCGGAUUCCUUCAUCCAAGUUGCGCUGCAGCUGGCUUAUUACAGGAUGUAUGGGUGUCUGUGCUCCACGUGUGAAAGCGCCUCCCUCAGAAUGUUCAGGGGAGGGCGGACCGACACCAUCCGCUCAGCGACCAAUGAGGCGCUGCGGUUUGUGGAGGUGAUGGAGGACCCACAGGCAGGGGCUGAGAUGAAGCUGGCAUUGCUGAAGGAAGCCAUUGAGGCUCACAGCACCUACACAGAGCAGGCACUCCAAGGGCAGGCCAUCGACCGUCACCUGCUGGGCCUGAAGCUGCAGGCCAUCGAGGAGGGACUGAGCGUGCCCGAGAUCUUCAUGGAUACGUCGUACGCCAUGGCAACGCACUGGAAACUGCACACAGGACAGGUGUCGGCCCGUACGGACUGUGUCAUGUGUUUCGGGCCGAUGGUUCCGGACGGGUACGCGGUGUGCUACAACCCCCUCCCAGAGCACAUCAACUUCUCAGUGUCGGCUUUCAACUGCUGCGCUGAGACCAACGCCGAGAAACUGGCGCGAUCCCUGGAGCAGGCCUUGAGGGACCUGCAGGAGCUGGUACUGCCCAGGGAGGACUGAGAGAGCCGGGGUGAACAAACAAACUCAGCUCCACAGAGUGGGACCAGCGGGACCUCCGAAAAAAUGACCAUGGACAUUUUUGGAUUGAUCUGCAGUGUUUAUGCAAUGUUUACGUGGUUAGCAGUGUUUGUUACUGAUGGUGUUAAAGGAUUCCUCGCCAAUUAAAUAAUGACAUCACUCCUCUGGAAUCCCUGUCUACAGGCAAACCUUUUUGCAUCCAAAAUUCCUCUCGUACGAGUUAUGGACUUGUGGCCUGAUUUUCAGGUAACUUAAUUUGAGUAAGUCUCUCAUCAUCUAAAAUAGUCACAGUUUUGCAGAUUUUAACUUCAGUGAGCGAAACUGAACAUUAAAAUCCAAAAGCAAAAUCGAUUUUUAUAUGUUUUGAAAUUGAUACCAAAAAACUGCCCUUGGUUUGGAAGAUACAGUACGGAAUGUAUAUAGAUGAAUAGUCAUGCAAUCAUUUUGUAUGUUGAAUUUAGAUUAGGAAACUGAGCUGAGGUGCAAUGGUCUGGCUGUAAUUUCUUUAAGAGAUUCUAAUGACCAGUUACUGAGUAAGAAUUGCUGUCUGUAGAUGACUCACCUUGACAGGUGCAGUAUGUUUUGGGAUAACCCACAACUACCUAUGAGAACAAAAUAAAAUGAGGAGAAAGUACAUUUUAAUACAGUAUUCCUUCUCAAAAUGUACACAUUGGGGAAAAGGGGCAAACUAUGCAAAAGCACUUUAUGAGUAUUCUUUAUUUGCAUAUAGAUAUGCGCUUACAAACCAGCACUUAUGGAAAGUUUCAUAUACUGUGAUUUGAGGCUACAGUGGUUCUUAAAAUACAGAAUAACAUUGCUCAAAAGCUAUUGAAUAGCCUGACAGCACACUAAACAUAAUUGUAUUGUGUAUUCAGCUCAAUAAAGAAUUAUAACACA